UAAACAGUUAAGGAAAAGAAGAAGUAAUAACUGGAUAACCACAUUAGCGAGACCGUACGAUAAUCAAAAUAAGUGGAGGUGAAGUGGAGUAAUAUAACCACACUUUUGAUUGUCAUUAUUCAUUUAGUUUGUUUUUAUAAUUUUUAAUUUGUAUUUAAAGCUGUAAGCCUUAAAAGUGAUACGAUAUUUAAGAAAAAAUAAUUUGUAUAGAUUAAUGUUUAUUUUAUUAUCUAAAAAUGUCACGGUUCAGUGGUGCAUUACAGCUAACCGACUUAGACGAUUUUAUAACACCUUCUCAAGAAUGUAUUAAACCCGUAAAAAUAGAGAAAAAAACUACUAGUACCACAGGGUCUAAAAUAAAGAUACAAGAAGAUGGAUACUUUCAAAUUGAAGAAGAUGGCAGUGUGCAGAAAUUGCAAAAAGUUGAAAUAACUCUGGCCGAUUGCCUAGCAUGUUCUGGUUGCAUAACAUCUGCAGAAAGUGUACUAGUUACUCAACAGAGUCAAGAAGAGUUGUUGAGAGUAUUUGAAGAAAAUAAAAGAAUAAAAUUAGAUGGUACAUCUGCAGCCAAAUUAAUAAUAGUUUCACUUUCAAUUCAACCAAUACUAUCUCUAGCAAUACGCUAUCAGUUGUCCCCUAAUGACUGUGUAUCGAAACUUGCACAAUAUUUCAAACAGUUGGGUGCCGACAUGGUAGUAGAUAUGACUAUUGCUGAUGAUUUUGCAAUUCUGGAAACACAAAGAGAAUUUAUUAGAAGAUACAGGGCUACAGAAACUGAUGGAGUACAAAAUGUUCUGCCCAUGCUUGCAUCAAGUUGUCCAGGAUGGGUAUGCUAUGCCGAAAAAACCCAUGGCAGCUAUAUAUUACCUUAUAUUGCAACAACAAAAUCACCUCAGCAAAUAAUGGGUUCAUUAAUAAAAGAUUAUGUUUGUUGCAACUUGGGCAAUAGAUCUAUAUACCAUGUAACUGUAAUGCCUUGUUAUGACAAAAAGCUAGAAGCAUCUCGCGAAGAUUUCUUUUCUGAAGAGACAGAAAGCAGAGACGUUGAUUGUGUAAUUACAGCAAUUGAGCUUGAACAAAUGUUAUCUAGAGAUGGUAUAGAAUUAAGUUCUCUUGACAAUGGCAAAUUAUGUCAACCCUGGAUUUCUAAAGAGAGCGAGGUUUCACCAGCUCUGGUAAAACACAUAGGAUCUGGAUCAGGUGGAUACGCUGACCAUAUUUUUAAAUAUGCUGCUCAUGAAUUAUUUGGGCAAGAAUGUGAUAGUUUGGAGUACAAAAAUUUAAGGAAUCCAGAUUUUAGAGAAGUGAUUUUAGAAAAAGACGGUAAGGUUCUAUUGAGAUUUGCAAUAGCUAACGGCUUUAGAAAUAUACAGAACCUGGUACAAAAAUUAAAACGAGGAAAAUCACUAUAUCACUAUGUGGAAGUUAUGGCUUGUCCUUCAGGUUGUUUAAAUGGAGGGGCGCAAGUAAGACCAAAAGAAGGCAGGACCGUUAAAGAUUUGGUAAUUGAAGUUGAACAACUUUAUUCCUCACUGCCAUGUCAUUCUCCUGAAGACAGUAAAAUUAUAAAACAGUUAUAUGAUAAUUGGUUAGGUGGUCAAGAUAGUGAUAAGUGUUCUGGAGUAUUACAUACACAAUAUCAUGAAAUAGCAAAAAUACCAAAUGCAUUAAAUAUUAAGUGGUGAAAGAAAUAAAAAUUUAAAUUCAUGAGUAGUUAAU